UGUUUUUUCCGCUGAAACUUGAAAGACAAGUCAAGAAUCGAGAGUCGAGACUGCCCAAUGAUUGGUCUGUCCGGUCGAAUUAUUUGUUUUGAAAAUCGUGUUUUGAUCAAAAUUCUAAAAAAACUUAAUAUAUAUUACGUAAUUAAAAUAUUAUGCAACUAAUAUGAAUAAAUUAUCAUAUAUAAGCGGAUAUGAAACUGCUCUGCCGCUACAGGUCGUUAAUAAAUUAUUUGUAAGAGGUAUUGGUAAAUUAGGAGGACAAGAAGUUGAGGAAAGUUAUAAACUCCUUAAUAUUCCGCUUGAUUCAAAGCAUGACACAGUUCGUCAAGCAUUCUUAGAACUUGCUAAAAAGUAUCAUCCAGAUUCCCAGUCUCCACACGCUGACAUAGAUAAGUUUGUCGCUAUUGAGAAUGCAUUCAGAAUCAUUUCUAAACAUAAUACUGGAUCUAGUGGUAGGGCGGAGGUUGAAAAAAUUGUUUUUGACAUACGGCAUACGGCACCACAACACAGACAGUACCUGAGUUAUGAAGGUGUUGGCCAUGGUACUCCAUAUCAGAGAGAGAAACAAUGGAUUCAAGUGCGAGCACAAAAAGCAGCAAACAAUGUGAUGGAGCAUCGAUUGUCUAAGGCUGUGGCAUCCGAUAAAACAUUAAUGAAGAAGGAUUCUUUGAAUAAACAUGACAUAAAAACUAAAUAUGGUUUUGAUAGAUUAGUUGAGGAUCUUAUUCAAGAGUCAAUGUCAAAGGGUGAAUUUGAAAAUUUAAGUGGAAAAGGAAAGCCUUUGAAGGACCAGAAUAGAAAUCCAUAUGUUGACUUUACUACUCAUAAGUUGAAUGAGGUUUUAAUAAAUAAUGGUUUUACACCUGAAUGGAUAACUAUGAGCAAAGACAUAGAUAUAGACAUUGAACUCUUAAAGGAUGAAAUUAAAAAAGAAAGAAUGUAUCUUGGCCCAUACCCAUUUUCAGAAGCAGAUAAUGAGAAAUGGUUUAAAAUAUAUGAAAGUAACAAGAAUUUAGCUAAAUCUAUUAACACUAAAAUAAAUACAUAUAAUUUAAUUGUUCCCUUACUAAAUAAACAAAAAUUUCAUAUAGAAUAUGAUAAAAUUUGUGAAGAUAUUUGCACAAAUGGGAAACACUCUGUUGAACCCUGUGUUUUGAAGAAAGAGGACAUAAGAUUUGUGCAUGUCAAAGAGAAUGAAGAUAUUAUUUCCAUAAUUCUUAAAGCUAUUGGUGAAAUAAUUAACUUUAACCCUGACAAGAAGAAAUAAAAUAUGAUAAACUAUAUAGAAUUGAUUAGAAAUCUGUGAUAAUUAGAUAAUAUAAUUUAUAAUAUGUAGUAAACUUUUCUGGUACUCUUAAAUACCCACUAUAUUUACAAAAUAAAUAAUACAGACAAAAUUUUAAUUUAUUUUAUUCAACAUAUAAAUCUUAAUAAUAACUCCAUAAAUUGAUUUUCUAAAAUGUACAUGGAAGACUUAUUCGAGAACCUUAUAGAAAAAACAAUUCAUAACAUUGCUUUUUAAUUUGGCAGCCUUAUUUUAUGACUAAA